GGGUGACCCUCACUCACUCCCCUCACGGGUGUGUCCCCAGGGCCACACGGCCCCCGAGCCGCCCCUUGGCCCGCCGGGGCUGGCGCUCAUCUGCAGGAGCCGCGGGCAUUGCGCAAGGGUGGCCGCGCUCCAGCGCGACCCCCCGCGCCCCCGCUCCGAGCGUGUUUGCUCAGAGCGUGUUUGCCCAAAGGCUGGAAUUGCUCUUCCCUUCCGCUCCACGUGAUGCCCCGGGCCCAAAACUCCUUCUGCUGGUCCGGCAUGGGGCUGAGCUGGGCGCUGCGGGCGCUCGCCGUGCUGCCGCUGGGGCUGUGCUGGCUCCCCGAGAAAUUCCUCGGCUCUUUGGAUGCGGAGGAUGUUUUGUCUUACUUUGGAAGCAGCUCAGUGAUUGAUGUACCUGAGUUUGUUGUGGCUGAGCCAACUUGUCCUUGUAAAGAAGAACAUUUUGGGCUGAGGCGCUGUCGGGUCCAGCACUGCUCCAUCCAGGCCUGGGGCCAGCUCUAUGCCUUUGAAUUCCUGGAGGACCACGCCCUCCUUUCCUCCUCCUUUGUGAGCAGCCAGGUGGUGAACUCCUCCUUGAUUUUACUGAAGAGAUUCCCAGGGAACUGCUUUGCAGGUGGAAAGGCCCUGCAGCCUCCUGGGGCCAGGAGCAGAGUCACUUAUUGUGAAGGGCAGCUGCAAGGAGUCGUCACCGUGGGUGAGGAGAAGAUUCACAUCAGGCCAGUGAGGAGCAAAGAUGUAGCUCUGCUGAAGGACCUCGGCUUCUCCAGCCCCCACAUCCUCUUCAAAAGUCCUGCAGGAGAGGCAGAGCCAGCCAGAGCAGGGCGGGCUCCUCCUCGCCUGCACAAGAGGGCUGAGGCAGCUGUCAAACAUCUGGAGCUGAUGGUGGUGGCAGGGCCAGAUGUUUACUUGUACCACCAGGAGGACACGGAGCGCUACGUCCUGGCCAACCUGAACAUUGGAGCAGAGCUGCUCAGAGAUGCCUCACUGGGGGCUCAUUUCAGAGUUCACCUCAUGCAGAUGCUGGUUUUGAGAGAGCCAGAGGCAGAGGUGAACAUCACCACCAACAUCACCUCCUCCCUCAUCAGUGUCUGUGAGUGGAGCAAGAAGGUGAACCCCCAGAACGACUCUGACCCCCAGCAUGCUGACAUUGUCCUCUACAUCACCAGGUUUGACCUGGAGUUGCCUGAUGGGAACAAGGAGCUUCGUGGAGUGACCCAGUUAGGGGGAGUCUGCUCCUCCUCCUGGAGCUGUGUCAUUACCCAGGACACUGGCUUUGACCUCGGAGUCACCAUAGCCCAUGAGAUUGGGCACAGCCUUGGCAUUGCCCACGAUGGAGAGGGGAAUCUGUGCAGCAGCAGUGGCCACAUCAUGGGCUCAGCAGGAAACCACAACAGCAUCGACCUCACCUGGUCCCCGUGCAGUCGGGAGCAGUUCCUGACCCUUGUCAGUACAGGCCAGACAAGCUGCUUGAAUGACCUGCCGGACAUGGACGGCAGCAUCCCGGGGUGGAAGCCUGGCUUGUACUACGGAGCAGAUGAGCAGUGUAAAAUUGCCUUUGGGAGCGUGGCCACAGCUUGCACCUUUGCUGACAGCAGUGUUGACAUCUGUAAAGUUCUCUCCUGCCAUGUGCAACCAGCAGACAAAUCCAGCUGUACUCGGCUUCUGGUUCCCCUCCUGGAUGGAACUGAGUGUGGGAUCAACAAGUGGUGCUCCAAGGGUCAGUGCAGCUCUCUGGAGGAGCUGAACCCCCUGGCUGUGGUCCACGGGCACUGGUCAGCCUGGAGCCCCCUCUCCCCCUGCUCCCGCAGCUGCGGCGGGGGGGUGGUGCUGAGGCAGCGCUUCUGCAACAACCCCAGGCCUGCUUUUGGAGGGCAGCAGUGCCACGGCGCCAGCGUGCAAGCAGAGCUGUGCAAUACACAGGCCUGUCUGACGACCCAGCAAGACUUCAUGGCUGAACAAUGUGCAGCAACAAAUUUAAAGCCACUCUACCUUGAUGUAGAAACGCCGUCCUUUUAUAGCUGGACCUCCGCUGUUGGCUUUGCCAAAGGGGACCUGCUCUGCAAGCACAUGUGCAGGGCUGUGGGCAAGGAGUUCAUGGUGAGCCGCGGGGACAAUUUCCUGGAUGGAACCAGGUGUGAGCAGGAUGGCACGGAGCACCACGGGGAUCUGCACCUGUGUGUGAUGGGGAGAUGCACAGCAUUCGGGUGUGAUGGCCAGAUGGGCUCCAGGAAGUCCAUGGAUCCCUGCAAGGUCUGUGGGGGUGAUAACUCCACCUGCACCAGAGUGAGUGGAUCCUACACAGAAGGGAAAGCUAAAGAGUAUGUGACAUUUCUGUCCCUGCCCUACAACACCACCUCGGUCCGUGUCACCAACAGGAGGCCUCUCUUCACACACCUGGCUGUCAAGGUUAAAGGAGAGUACGUGGUGGCUGGAAAAGGAAAAAUCUCACUGAAUGUCACCUACCCGUCAGCUCUGGAGGACAAGCAGAUCAAAUACCAAGUGUUUCUCACCCAGGACAACCUGCCAAGCCUGGAGGAAAUCCACGUGGAUGGGCCAACACAGGAAGAAAUUGAAAUACAGGUCUACAGGAGGUACACAAAAGAAUAUGGCAAUGCCACCAACCCAGACAUCACCUUCAGCUACUUUGUCCCCAGGGAGAACCUGACCUACCUGUGGAUUCCUCAGCAGGGCCCGUGCUCAGUCACCUGUGGGGAAGGGGUGCAGCCAGUGGCUCACGUGUGCUUUGAUCAGGCCAGGAAUGAGGUCACAGAGGAUCAGUGGUGCCUGGAGCUGCCACAGCCCCUCCCAGGGCACAGACCCUGUGCCAUGGAGCCGUGCCUCUACAGGUGGAAGAUGUCCCAGAGAGGUGAAUGCUCUGCUGUGUGUGGGACUGGAGUUGCCCAGCAGAACCUGACCUGUGUGCAGUUCCGUGCUGGCCUGGAGACGGUGGUGGAUGCCAGCCUGUGCCCAGCAGAGGAAAAACCCCCCUCCCUUGUGCCAUGUGUGGUCAACGUCUGCCCUUUGGGCUGGGACAGAGAGGAAGAUUCACACUUACUUCAGCCUCUGGAGUCACUUGGGCAUGUCCAGCUGGAGAAUCAGACUGUGUAUGUGUGGAGCCCUGUAGCUGGGGAGUGUUCUGUCUCCUGUGGCAGAGGUAAGACUCAGCUGCACUAUGUGUGUGUGGCCUUUGACACCAAAGAAGAAACCCAGGAGGAAAACUGUCAGCCAGUGCCAAAGCCAGAGAGCAGGGUGGAAGUCUGUGAUCUCAACCCCUGCCCACCGAGGUGGAAGGUAACCCCAGCUGGGCCCUGCUCCUCCAGCUGUGGGCUGGGCUUAGCAGCACAGCUGGUCACCUGUGUGCAGAUCCUCCACGGCCAGGAGGUCUUGCAGGAGGAACAUUUGUGCCCUGUGGCAGAGAAGCCCCUCACCAGUGUCCCCUGUGUCAUCCGAACGUGCUCGUACGAGUGGAGCUUCAGCGAGUGGUCAGAGUGUUCCACAUCCUGUGGGAAUGGCAUCCAGACCAGGCAGGAUUUCUGCCUCAGCUCCCUGACCCACAAGCCCGUGAACCCCCUUUUCUGCCGGCGCUUCCCCAAGGCCAUCGUGGUGCGCGGCUGCUCCGCAGGGCCCUGUCCUGAGCAGGAGGGGACCCUGUCCCCUGGGGCAGUGACAGCAGCCACACACCUGACAACAGCCACAGCUGCCACAGAGCACAGGCACAAGGACCUGGAUGUGCCCCUGUCUGCUGGGCCCCGGGAGCAGACAAAGCUCGAUGGAGGUGUGUGUGGAAACCUCUUUCUCACUGCCACUGGCAUCAUCAACAUGACGGGUGUGGGGAGCAGGGACUGCACCGUGGCCAUCGGGCGUCCCCUGAGGGAGGAGAUCUCGGUGACCGUCCUGGAGAGCUCCCUCAACUGCAGUGCAGGUGAGGUCCUGCUGUUUUCUGGGCGAAUGAUGUGGCGGACAGGCUGCAGGAAGCUCCCUCUGUCCCUGAUAAAUUCCAGAACCAACACACUGAUUGUGAAACAGCGUGUUGUGCUGCCAGGAAACGGGGUCAUUCUGCAGUACAACAGCAGAACUGCAACCAAGAAAUAUUACCAAGCCUGUGACCAGCAGCUGUUUGGCCCCCGGGGUGAACUCGUGGCUCCUGUGCAGCUGCCUGGUGAGAGGCAGGAGGGCGUGUGCCGCACCUUUAUCACGGUGGCCCCGCGGCAGCGCAUCUCCAUCCGCGCCCUCAGCACCGACCUGGGCCCCCAGGGCAACCACACACACUUCAACUACAUCCUGGUCCGAGAUGUCAGCACCAUGAAGACAGUGGUGUUCCGUGGGAAGCAGCAAUUCCUGUGGCAGUCGACAGGAAGCCAAGCUGAAAUUGAGUUCCAUGAAAAUGUGAAGGAUCACAGAACCCAUUUCUGGGCUGAAUAUCACGCUAUUGAGCCCAAAUAAAACACUGCCCUGAGAAAGGCCCAGUUAGUCUCUGCUGCCUGCUCACAGCACACAUUUAAUCUUGCAAUUGCUUCCUCAUCUGUUGAGUAAGAACAAUAUCUGCUGACUCCUUUGGGAUCUCAGUCUUGAUAAGAUCAUACAAAAGACAUGUAACCCCCAAAUAUUUAGCAAAUCUUCCUCAUUUGGAUUUUCUGUCUGAUCUGGCUGGCAUUAAUGCAGUUUACAUGUCUGCAGGGGGUGACUUGGGCACUGGAGUGUCAGUGCCCCUGUAAUGUGGUGGGACCUUUUAUAAGAGUAAUUUGAUUUCUUGGUGUUCCAGUAUAAACCUCUGUACACCACCAGCAAUGUUCUAGCCAUUAAAUUCACUCUCUUGCAGUGUAAAUGCCCCUCAAAACUGAGGCACAGUGAAGUUCUGGACUGGAAUAAAGAAGGCAAAGAUGAGGAUAAACUGCCAGCACAGGGAGAUGUGUGGGGUGGGCAGUGCCACCCUAGGACUGGUCACUCAAAGCUUGAAUGUUUGCACAAGUUGGCUGAACUGAGGCACUUCUGCAAGCCCUGGUGACAGCUGGCUUUGUGUGGGAGGGCUAAAUGACAUCCUGAGGUCCCUCCCCAGCCACCCUUUCUGUGGUUCUGCUGUUGGAUAUCUGACAGUGAUGCCACCACUUCUUUUCUGUGAGAAAAUAAAAGAAUUCUGUCUCUUAA